CAGGAUGGGUAAGGGGAAGCACUGAGAUGGUUUUAGGAAGCCUGCAAGAGGAAGGAGGAGUCUAGAGACAGCUGGUGGAAGCCCGGGUCCGGCCCUGGCAGGUCCAGGUGGCAUGUCCUGUGCUGGCCUGGGUCCUGGCUGAAGAGCCCCAGGGUGCCUUGGCCCCUGGCCGGGCCCGUGACUGCCCUGACUGGAUGCCACCAUGGCCCCGGUGGUACUGCUGCUGCUGCUGCUUCUGUGGCCACAGGGCUGCAUCUCAGGGCCGCCGGCCGAGGGCGGGUACGUCAAAGUGCGGCACCAAGAAGGGGAGACUCUGUUCGUGCAGUGCUCCUACAAGGGCCGCAGAAACCGCGUGGAAGGCAAGGUCUGGUGCAGAAUCUGGAAGAAGAGAUGCGAGCCUGGGUUCACCCGCGUCUGGGCGAAGGGGCCCAGCUACCUGAUGCAGGAUGAUGCCCAGGCCAAGGUGGUCAACAUCACCAUGCAGGGCCUCAAGCUCCAGGACUCGGGCCGGUACUGGUGCCUGCGCAACAGCUCCGGGACCCUCUACCCCAUGAUGGGCAUCCAGCUGGAGGUGUUCCCAGCCUCCACCACGGAGAGGAGCAUGCCUCUCACACACCUGGCCAACGUCCCCAAGAGUGGUGCUGUCAUUGCAACAGACCAAGCCUCCACGUCAGGCACCGGCGCCGGCACCCCUCUCUCCACGGGCGUGAUGGUGUUCACCUCUGGAGUGCUCACCGUGGGCAGACUCUCGUCCUCCUCUGCUUCACAGACCACGAGACCCAGCUCCCCCAACACCAGCAUCACCACCGUGGGGCCCUGGAGAGCCACAGGGUCCCGGGCGGUGACCGCAGCUCCCAGCACUGCCCAAGCCACCCCUGCUAGCCCGGCACCCAUGUCCACGAAGCCCGGGCUCCUCGGCACCAGCUCACCCACCACAGGAAUGUGCCAGAACAAACUACCCUCCCUCAGGCACCAGGAUAUUCAUAUCACAGUGCUCGUGGUGGUGCUGGCCCUCUUCCCGGCGCCCGUGACGUUGAUCGUGGUCUAUGGGUUUUGGAAGAAGAGACACACAGGAAGCUACAGCUUGUGCCACGACCCUGCCAGGCCCUGGAGGGACCUGCCCAGAAGCCCAGAGCCCCUGCAGAAGCUGGCUUAGUUUGGGACCAUGUAACUGAACAGUGGCAGCGCAUCCCGGAGGGGCCACAGGAGGCUGGGGGAGGAGUGGAGAGCAGGGCCUGGCCUGGCCCAGGUUGGAGGAAUUCUGCAAGGGCUGGACAUGCGCAGGCCCACAGCUGCCACCAUAUCCCUGUGCCAAGCGUUUUCCUGGGCUGCCGGGAGUGUGCAGAGCGCCUAGUGGCAGGCACCACGUGGCAGGUCUGGCGAGGCAUGUCCCAGAGCCUGCUCAGAGCCACAGGGCCCUGGACUGAGGGCAUCAGAGCUCUGGGGAUGCUGCUGACCCAUAGAGAACCUCGUCCUGCCUGCCUCAGGAGCCUCGUCCUGCCUGACGCUGGAGCCGAGCCGACGGGGGACAGCGAGAGCUGCCCUCUGCCCACCUGGGACCCCUCUGCCCUCAACUUCCCCCUGCUCCCCUCGAGCCCUGCCUCCCCCCCACAUACCUGGGAAGGAAGGGGGAGGGGCUCAUGAGGCCCAGAAGCAGCUGGAGUCCCCGGGGGCCCUGUUGUGGACAAGGAGAGGGAAGUGGUCAGGAGCCAUGCCGCUGGGGAGUCCAGAGCUGUGUGCGGUCGCCGUGUCUGGCCAGGUGUCCUCUGAUGUGGCUGCUGGAUGCCUUCUGCCCCGACUGAGGCCACUCAUCCCCCCAUCCUGGGAGCCUGCAGCUCCCACCUCCCCCACUGCUGCCACCAGCUGGGUGUCCCUCCCCUGAGGUGCCUGCCUCUCCCCAGCUGAACUCAGGGCUUCCUCCCCAGGCUGUGCACCUGGGCUCCAGGUCUGAGAUCCUGCAGGGAAUGCCAGCUGAGUCCACACCCUGAGACUCUGGCCCUGUAACAACAGGCACUGGUGGGGAGGCCAGGGUGUAGAGAAAGAGCGGAUCAGCACCCCAUUCCCUAGGGGUUCACUGUCCCCUGCGGAGAGAAGACCCACUUGGGACACAAAGAAAGUAGCCAGAGCUGACCACAGCCUGGAGGACUGACUCAAGUCAGGGACAGAAAGAAUGGAGUCCAGUUGUGAGCCAUGAACACCCAGCUCAGACUCAGCCUCUGCUGCCCAGACUGCCUCCCUGGUGGCCAGCAGUGAAGGCUGGAGGCCACCGACUGGAUUCCUGACCAGGCAGGGGUGUCCUCUGCCUGCAGUGACUGAGUAGUGGCUGGGAAUAAAUGUGACAUCAGGACUUUGGCCCUGGGUCAGGAACCUCCCAGGGGGAGAGCAGAUGUCGUAGUCAGGAGACGGAUACAGCUGGAGUCUCGGUGGACAGCUGGUGUGGCCACUCCAGGAUGGAUAUGGGGAGAAAGUAAGGGACACCGGGCCAUCGCUGGGGACAGCAUGGAGGAGGUAUCUCUUCCCUGUGUCCACGAGAGGGCAGUAGAUGCAAGACCCAGGCUGAGGAAUUGACAGCUUGGUCCCAGGACAGGCAAAGCCACACAUACAGACACACAUCCGUCCCAGCCAGCCAGCCACCUGCCCCAGGAGCUCACCUCCACUGCCAUCCCACAUCUCUGAUGCAAGACGUCUGGUGGGCAAGGAGUCAGAGUGGGGACGGUGAUGCCACUGUCACGGUGUGACCCCGAGCAAGUCACUAACCUUUCUGGGCCUCCUCGCCGCCGCCCCCCCCCCACCUUAUGAAAGGGGGCAGUAAUUCCUACCUCUCGAGAUAAAAUGCAAUAACGUGAAUGUUGUACUACUCAGCAAACGCCUGCUUAUUACCGCUCCUUGGCUGUUCUCAGCUUUGCCAUCCAUUCUGCACUUGACAUUUGGGAUGCUCUGUCUCUGUUCUGUCUCCUCUCUUCUCGGGCCUUUUGAUGCAGCCCCUUUGGUGAAGCCCUCUUAGGAAGAGGGGAGGACACGUGUGUCUGCUCAUCUUGGUGUGGCCUUGAGAAGCUCUUCUUUCCUUGUUUGGCAAAGCAGGACAGAGAUGAGCCCUGAAGCCCCUAUCCCUGGCGUCCCAGGACAAAGCCCCCCACCCCACCUGCUGGCAGUUGCCUGAGCACAACUCAGCACUUUGGGAGGCGGGGCCAGGACGGAAGGAGCCAGCCCUGCCCUCCACCUGCUCCCAGGUGCAAGGGGCAGGAAGACACGGCAGGGCUGGUGCGCCCUGGGCCACAGCACAGGGUUGGAAGCCACAGUGCAGGAUGUAGGAGGUGUUCAAGGCCUUCGGAGACAGGAACCCUGGGGGCUAGCCAGGCAGGCUUCCUGGGGGAGGCAAGCUCCUGCAAAGCUCCACCUUGCUAGGGAAGAACCCACUCUGAGCAUAUCCAUCCUCCUCCUCCUCGGAGCGGUUGAUAGGGCGGUGGCUAAGGCACUGACACCCCUCACCAGCUCAAGGAAGUCCUGAAGGCUUGGCCCUCCCCCAGACCUCCUCGCUCUCCUUUCGGUCUCCACAGUAGCCCAGCAUCUCCCAUGACUUCCUGCUCCCGGCUCUUCCCUUCCCCUAGAUGGUGGUCCCAGAGCUCUUUGCACCCCCGUGCCCACGGGCGUCUCCGAGCCUGUCUCCUGGAACCUAACCCGCCACACUUCUCACAAGCUUCCCUCUUUCGGCUUGUUAGCCAACCGUGAGCAGCCUGUGACCCUUGGCUUUCUGCAGCUGACCCAGUGCCGACUGCUUUUUAGGAUGUGCUUGAUUGGUGUGGUCUUUCAGCAAACGCUUAUGGAGGGACUGUGGCUGGGAGUCGGGGAUGACCUGAGGCCAGCAACAGCCCCCACCCCACCUGCUGGCAGGGUCUUCAAAAAGUUCAUGGACAAUGCAGACGGUAAAAAGUCCGUGUCUGGGUUUCAAAGGUUUCGCACCAAAAUAAACUUAUCUUUUAAUUUCUUUUUCCAUAAACUUUAAAAAUACACUUAUUUAUUUAUUUAUUUGAGAGAGAGAGAGAGAGAGAGAGAGA